AUGUCGUGGUACAUCAGGUCCGCCUCUUCACGACUUGCAGUGGAUUUUCUUCCUCUGGGAAGGAGGCCCUCCUCCAGCCGCGCGUCCCAGGCCGUCCUUGUAACUGAAGACCCAGUGGUGCGCUGCCCCCUUGUGGGAGAUGUGGGCAUUGCAGACCUUUCAUCACAAGGAAACGGAAUUUUCAGAAAACAUCAGUGCUGGAAGAGGCCUUCGAAAACUCUGCUCUCAAUUUCUGCAUUUGAAGACGGACCCAGACCCUCAUCUCCUGACCCCUCACCCAGUGCUGUUCUCCUGCACCUCCCUGAGGAGCCGCUCAACACUCCAAUCCCUCCAAGAAGCUGGGGUGCCUCUCAAUUUAACAAGCCAGAAACCGAGAACUCUAUGCAAACAACACCACUGCUCAGAGGUGUUAAGGGAAAAGUGGGAUUUGGUGUGGAACUCGGAGCUUACUUGAAAGGCACUAUCUACAACACCCAUCACCAGCAGGGUAGGUGUUCCUGGUGUAGGAGAGGGCACUGUGAAGGGAGGCGAAGUGCCAUUACAAUGGUCAGCCAGAAGGAUCCCAUGAAGGAAUAUGAUGAGAAUCGUUCCUGCCCAGUCCUCACCAGGGACAGGUCAGCUGCCAAUAGAGGACCAUUCAUCUUCAGAAGGCUAUAGUCAUCACAUUUGUUCAGUAGCAAAUAUGGAUUGUUAAGCUAAACAGACCAUAAUUUAGAA